AUGCCUCCCAGACGGUCACACAAAAAGUCGCGCGCGGGGUGUCGGCGAUGCAAAAAUCGAAAGAUCAAGUGCGACGAAGUUCAUCCACGCUGCGGAAAUUGCUCCAAGCAUGGCGUUAUGUGCGAUUUCGAGAGCCGCCAAGUGCUCGAUGAACUGCAUACGCUUCCCACCCCAGCCACUAAGAGUCCCCAGGCACCUGUGUCCGCGCCGUCUUCAGUGAGUCCGAGACCCAUGACAGCGACGGCGACGACAACGACAACUGCGACUACGAUUGCGCCUACGGCAGCGCCAGCGCCAUCAACGACAACCAUGCCUACCUACGAUAAUCGUCGAAUAUCUCCUUCGCGGCUUUCUCCCCCUAGUACGGUCUCAACGCCAUCGCUCACGCUACCAUCCGUCCCCAUCACCACAUCUAUGACUAGGCAAGGGGACAGGCUCCUGGAAUUUCAACUAUGGCACCAAUACAUCACCAGCACCUCCAAGACUCUCGUCAUGAAUUCUCCAGCUAGUACGGACAUUUGGCAGAAGGAUGUGCCACGCUUCGCCCUCGAGGGACGGACCUACUUGAUUGAUGCAGUUCUCUCAGUGGCAGCUCUGCAUUUGCGCUUCAAGAACCCCGAUGACAAAGUCAUGAUUGAAGCCUCCCAUGCAUAUUCUGCAUCUACCUUGGCAGAGUAUUGCCGCUCAUUAAAUAAGGGCAUUACGGCGGAAAACGCAGACGCCCUGUUCCUCACCUCAUGUCUCAUUGCAUUCCAGGCUACUGCGUCUCGGCUAUUUGUUAAGGAGGAUAGCGACCCGUCGGAUCCAAGUGAACCUCAUCGUCGAUAUGCAUUACCCCUGUCUUGGUUCCAUGCUUUCCAGGGCGUCAAGACGAUUGUGGCUACGUCGUGGCAGUGGAUCCGUAACAGUGCCACUGUUAAGGUGGUCAUUGACUCUCAGCCGGGCUUCAUGCUUGACCUGAAUCCGCUAGGCCCAGACUCCUUCUUUGGCCAUCUUCUCGAUGACUUGGAUGAAGAGCUGGAACAAGAAGACGAAGCCAACAGAGCGGCAACUAACCAAGGCUACUUCCACGCCGUCUGUGUUCUCAACUGGGCCCACAAGAACCACUACGCUCCUUCAGCAUUGGCCCUUCCAUCAACCGUUUCACGGCGUUACGUUGAACUUGUCGAGGCUAAGAGACCUCGUGCUCUAGCUAUUCUCGCCUGUUUUUUCGCGUUACUCAAACGUAUGGAUAACGUGUGGUGGUUAGAUGAUGUUGCUCGUCGAGAGGUUAUGGGUCUUGUGAGCUUGUUUGAGACGGGUUCGAAAUGGUGGAGGCACCUUGAAUGGCCCAUCCGCAUUGCGCUGUGGGAUGGAGAGGCUGACGCCAUCCCGGCUGAGAUAUGGGGCGUGGAGCGAAAGGAGAACCCUCCCGCCGACACAAACGUCCCAUCCGCGGAGACGAUACUGAACCACAUCGAUCUUAUGGCCAAGAUGAUGGAUAGGGCCCAAGGACCACAGUCAAUAGAGUCGAUACCUGUGGUGGGUGAUUUAGGUGGCUUGGUUCCUCCGCCUCUCGACUAG